UUAGCUUUCGCCCGCCAGUCUGCUAUCGGGUAUCGUCUACAGUGCACCGGUUCCGGUGCACAAUCGUCAGACGCGCGCGCCAUUGCUCGGAGCACUCGAGCUACGAGCUACGUACCGGAAGUGUUCCGUCCGUCGGUGAAUUGCGAAUUUCGUGGUCGUAGUGUUCUGAUUGUGUGGGGAGCAAAAAAAAAAAAGGAGCUAUGAAUGUGUUAAGAUAUUACAUAAAUCCAAUUAUCGUUUCCUUUUGGCACGGAAGUGGUAGAGUGAGAGUGUAAAGAAAUUGAAAAAUUUAAACCAACAAACGCUGGAUGUGGAUAGCUGUUAAGCUGGCGUAGUGAUAAAUACUGCAGAUAGCUACCAACUGGUGAAGGUGGCUAGCGAUGGUGCAAGUAGCGUGUGUCAGUGAAAUAAAAAAAGUUGAAGCGUAGAGACCCGCUUGCGAAUGGUCACCGCCAGCCAGGGAGCUGAACCACACGCUGAAAGGAUGCUCUAGAGUGUGAGAAAACUCUGAACGAUGUUUAGUGCCGUGGGGGAUCAUCUUAGUGGGACCGCCCUGCGAGAGGAUUACAACUACGGGCGGCCCGGUCAGCAGAUGUUGCUACUGGCCGGUCGCCAAAACGGUACCACUUUGGGCAAUUCCGACGGUUCGUUCAACGCGGAUAAGGCGUUACUAAUGAGCGUACCGACCGUUGGCGUGCUGUUGAUGACCACCACCACAUCGUACGUUAGGCCGUACGUGGAGCUACCACCACCAACAACGAUCCCGGGCUCGGUCAGUGGUGGACCCGGGCUAGCUGGGCUGGGAGCGAACGAGACCGUCCACUAUCAGCAAACUACCGUCCACCCGGUGCCGGUGGACUCGACGCUCACCCCAGCCCUGGACUUUGACCAGCAAACGUUCGUGUACUACGCCGAGGUGCUGAGCGUGAUCAACUUCUACUACGUCCCGGCACUGGUCCUGUUCGGCAGCAUCGGCAACGUAUUGUCCGUGCUGGUGUUUUUCAAGACCAAGCUGCGAAAACUGUCCUCCUCGUACUAUCUGGCAGCGCUCGGGCUGAGCGACACCUUCUACCUGAUCGGCCAGUUCGUUGCGUGGCUCAAUUUGGUCGACCUGAAAAUCUACAUCCAGGAAGUCUGCUGUCGAUUCUUCACCUUCUCCAGCUCGCUGUGCUGCUUCCUGUCCGUCUGGUUUGUGGUCGCGUUCACCGUCGAGCGGUUCAUUGCCGUGCUGUACCCGCUCAAGCGCCAAACCAUGUGCACCGUGCGGCGGGCCAAGAUCGUUAUCUUCGCGCUGACAAUCGCUGGCAUUUUCAUCAGCCUGCCGAUAUUUUUCUUCGCCUCGCCGCAGUUUUCCGCCUCCAUGAACGACACCAUCUGCGAUAUCGUGCAAGAGUACAAAGAUCAGGCGGCGAUGUUCAACUUUCUCGACUUUAUACUGGUGUUUGUGGUCCCCUUUACGAUAAUUGUCGUGCUCAACACGAUCACCGCCCUGACGGUGUGGAAGUUUGCCAGCAUUAGACGCACGAUGACCAUGCCACGGAGUUACGGGGCAAACGUGCGCGAAUCCCGCCGACAGCUAAACAUAUCGAACACCCAGCUCUUCGGCAACGGUACCGUUCCCGUCCAACAGAUACAACUGCUCAGUCGUAGCAGGGUUGCAAAUUCUCAAAUCAAGGUUACCAAAAUGCUGCUUAUCGUGUCGACCGUGUUCGUUUGCCUGAACCUGCCCAGCUACAUUGUGCGCGUGAAGAUCUAUCUCGAGACAGAGCACACGAACAUGAACAUAUAUUUGGUGCAGAACUGCUGUCAACUGUUUUUCAUGACGAACUUUGGCAUUAACUUCAUACUGUAUUGCGUUAGUGGGCAGAACUUUCGGAAAGCGAUUUUUGGCAUGUUUCAAAAGCGCACCCAGCGGCAAAUAAAUCUCGAGCAUACCUCCGGCACGCAGGUCACAGAGUUCGUCCUACGCUCCAACGGUUCCAAGAUGCGGCGGAACACCACCAUGUCGGACACCGCUGAUGUGGCAACGUGGCGGGAGCUUGCCGACUACGAAAUUACAAACUUCAUUAAGUAGUAGCCGGCUGUGGUAGGCCCGGCACGGAACCGACGCGCAACGGAGCAGCUGUCCUGGCCGGAAUGUGGUGAUAUUUUAAGUGUGCUCCUUCGUGAGCCCGCUUUAGCCACGGUGGAAGAAAGUUGUUUAAGGUUUAGCCAGUAAGUGACACAUUAAAAGCUGUGUAAAUAAUGCUGUACCGGCCGGGUAUGGUAUGAAAUAUACAUCAAUAUUUUUUUACACAUUCAAA